UCCAUUGGGCUCGAUCAACCACUCAUCAACUCAGUUAAACAGUACACAGAAGAAGCGCGACUUUCAUCCCAAUUCACCAUUACCAAACCUUCAAAUUCCAAUUUCCCUCUUUAUAAACCCUAGAAUUUCAAUUCAAUUUCAAUUCAUCCGUUUUCAAAUUCGAAUGCUACAGUACUUCAUCCCUGUUAUGUGACAGAAUUCAUUCAUCAUCUUCUACUGUAAAUUCAUGAAAAUGGCGAAUUCCUUUUGCCGGCAAUAUCGCGAUCAAUUAUCUGAUCGUUGCUUAAAUUGGUUUCCAUGUCUUUCUGAUCCAGGUCGAAGAUCGUCAAUAUGUUUGAAGGUUGCUUUGGUUAUGAUUCAUCUCAUUUAUCUGGGAGUUUUGUUGAUUGCUGAUACAGAUAAUGUCAUCCAAACUGCUAAGAAAAACCCUUGGUACAUUGGACUAUAUCUUUUGCUUUUUGUAGCAACCUUGAUACAGUAUUUUGUCACUUCUGGUUCUUCUCCAGGUUAUGUGAUUGAUGCAAUGAGGGCUGCUAAUGAAGGGUACUCCUCUAGGGUACCCCAUAUAAACUCAAAACAGCCUGCUACGAGUAAUAAUGGGAAUGUAGUUAUUCCUGUGGAUGCCAAUACUAUGGGAAGAAGCUUCCUUGGAAGUAAUGCACCACCUUGGACCCAGCUGGUGAUGGAGAUGUAUCCUCCUGGAACCUCUACGAGACAGUUGACCUGCUCAUAUUGUAAUGUUUUACAGCCUCCUCGAGCAAAGCAUUGUCAUGAUUGUGAUAAGUGUGUUCUUCAGUUUGACCAUCAUUGUGUUUGGCUUGGAACAUGCAUUGGCCAGGGUAAUCAUUGUCGUUUUUGGUGGUACAUUUGUGAAGAGACAGCAUUAUGCCUUUGGACUGGCAUUUUGUACGCUUCGUAUCUCAAGGCUAACAUAUCUAGAUCUUGGUGGAUGGAUGCAAUCAUGAUAGUAUUGCUCAUCACUUUGUCAAUAUCUUUGAUCUUUCUGGUGCUUUUGCUUUUAUUUCACAGUUACCUUGCUUUAACAAAUCAAACUACAUAUGAGCUUGUAAGACGUAGACGAAUCCCAUACAUGCGAGCGAUUCCUGAAAGAGUAUAUCCUUUCAGCAACGGCAUGUGCCAAAAUUUUUACAACUUCUGCUGUGCUCAAAUUAGCAUAUAUAAUCUGGAACGUUUGCCAACAGCUAGAGAACUUGAAGUCAAGAGCCAAUCUCUUGCAUGUUCUGAUAUUUUAUGCUGCCGCUGUUGUUAACAUUGUGCCUGUAGUGCUCAAGAAUCAUAGUAUCAAUUCGUUAGUUUGGCCACAUUGUAAAGGUCCAUGGACAUAUGUGGUUUUUGCCUGGCUUAGAAAUUACAAUCACCGUAUGCCAGAAAUGACAUUGUGUGCCCUUUCUGGUUGUGUGCCCUUUCUGGUGUUUCCCGAUAUUUUGUUGGGAUUGGAGUUGUUGCAUUGCUCCUGUUUGGAUCAGAAUGGUGUCAACACUAGUAAAAGUAAUGGGCAAAUUUAUUCCUGGUAUUGAUGAAUCAGGUUAGUUGUGCAAUCUCUCAGAGAAGUGACGAGCGCGCACUUUUCUAUAUUUCUCACUUAAAAGUGUGCUAAAAGCAAUAAUAGGUGUGCCAAAAUCAACAUCCUUUCUCAUGGAAA